AUGCGGAGAAUUCAUGCGGCUCCCACGCAGAGAAAAGAAAAAAGUUUGAACCCGGUUGCAGCUCUAGGACCAAAUAAGGAUAGCCGCGCGUGCGGCUGGAGUUCCGACCAAACUGUUGGAGCUCGACUUCUGGAUGUAAUGCUCUUUAGAUACAGUCAUACUCCACAAACUCACAUCACCUCGCCAAAACAAAGAGGUGUUGUGGUUACCCCGGAUCUUAUCUGA